GCUUCGGCGAAUUGUAUAUGAAAUCCAAAGCAGCUUUAGCUGCCGGACACAGUUAGCAAGCAGAUAAGAUGUUUCUCCUCGGCGGAACCUUUGGUUUAAUUUGUGUUUUUUCGGUUUUUCGCCGGGAGCUAUGAUUACCGGAGUCGUUAACGGACAAGGAUUUGGGAAUAUUGUGUCUGAAAGAGUUCAUUUGAGGAGUUCGGCGAGCGGUAAAGGAGCAGUCGGUGUUAGCUAAUCUAUGUUAGCUAAAGCUCUCUGGCUGUCUUAUAUAAACACAGCAGGCUCGUAAAUCUGUCGCUAUUGUUUAUUGAAUUCCAACUGAGUUUGUUCAGGUAACUCAGUUAUCGGACAUGAGUUUUGAUAUUCAUCUAUCAGUUAGUUUGUGCUCAUGGCCAGGUGCUGAAUAAGUUUUUCCACUUCGGCUCAGCUUAAAGGAUUUAUUAACAAAACACUUCUGGGGCAAUUGAAUGCCUCUUAAAAGUGCGAUUUUUCGUUUUUUGUUCGUCUUCUUUUUUAGUAGUGGGUAGCAUGAUUGACAUGGAGUGGUUAAAGAAAACGUAGCCUGUAUUCUAAUUUAUUGUUAUAUUUUGGGGGAAUUUUUUAUAUGUCACAUAGAUUGGAAAAAGCCUCAACCUUGCUCCAAUGGCCGUCAUUGCGAGGCAGUCAGAGUGGUGGUCUGUUUUAGGAUCAAAACUUUUAAAUGAACAUUUUGGGAACAAGGUGAAAUAUAAUAGUAGAGAACUUUAUCUGCUUUGGUCAGACCAACAUUGAGCGUCUUGUGUAUAUAUAAAUCACUGUGAAGAGAGAAGAUGGAGAUGGGAAUUCUGCCUCACCAGGGCGACCUGCUCCUCCACCCGCUCUCCAACCCUGGAGCCGCGGGGCUCUGCCCCGAAAUGCUUGAGGUGGCCGAAGAGGCCAGCCGGGCUGGGGACUUUAACCUGGCCGUAGAGAUCUACAGCUCCCAGCUCGCAGACCUCCAGCAGCCGGACCGGGGCUUGUGUCUGCGGAAGGGCGACACUCUCGCCCGCGCCGGGCGGAUAUCAGAAGCGCUGGAGGCGUACUGCACAGCGGCCAACCUGGGCAAGCUGCGCCCGGACGAGCUACCCGUCCUGGUGGAAACCAUCGCCCGGACGCUCCGCGGGAAAGAGCUGGGCCUUCCCGUGACCCUAAACGGACAGACGAAAAGCGACGGCGGACAGGACGGGGCUCAUAACGACGGGGAGUGCGAAGACGAAGACGAAGCCCUGGAUUUGUUUUCCUGUCGCCUCUGCAAGUGUCUGCUGCAAGAGCCCGCAACUUUGGAGUGCGGGCACACUUUCUGUAAGCGAUGCGUGGAAGACGCCGCCGUCAAAUACUGCAUAAGCUGUAAACAGAAACCGAGCAAAAGUGACCGGAGAGUUAACGUCGUCCUCAGCGGCCUGCUGGACAAACUGUUUGAAACUGAGAGCAAAGCCAGGAAAAUGUGGAUCGAGGGGGAAGUUUUGUGGAGUAAACAGAACCUGGCGGACGCUUUGGAGCGGUAUAAUGCAGCAGUGGAUUUAGCGCCCUCUGCAGGCAGCCUGCUAUGUCAACGGGCUGAACUGCACAUGGAGAUGAGGAACUUCAACCAGGCGGUGCAGGAUGCCAGCAGUCUGUGCAGGUUAAAACCGCUAUGGACAAAGGCUCACUGCCUUAAAGCCACGGCGCUGAGUAAAACCGACCGGAACGAUGAGGCUUUGCAGGAAUACCUCCUCUGUCUGGCGCUGAAGCCGAACUGGACCAAAGUGAAGCUGGAGGCUCAGAAGGUGCUCAGCGCGGUGUUCUCCUCCGUGUUCGAGAACGAGGACAUGCCCACGCCGCUGCACCCCCUGCAGGGCGGGCUGGCCACCCGCCUGAUCAAACCCCCUGCCCUGCUCCAGUCGCUGAGGCCGCUGACACAGAAACCGGGCUGCUCCUCACAGGAUCCAGAGUUCAGCGUAGCAAAAAGCUCCCCUGUGGACGGACCGUCUUCCGAGCUUUCUCCCAUGUCUCCCGCUAAGUCGGACCUGGCUGCAGGGGAAGGUAGCUCCAAAAGUCUGGCCAACAUUUUGGCUUCACUGCCGGCGCCCCACGGCGGCCUGAAAAGGAAGCACAGCGGUGACAGAGCCGCCGCACCGUUCAACCCGCCGUCCAAACUCUCCAAACCUGACGAUGUGAAGGCGUUUCAGACGGCUUCAGUUUGCGGAGGCAGAGUGGUUCCUGUUGAUUUACUGGACAGUGGAGACCUGGAGUGUUCACUCUGCAUGAGGUUGUUCUACGAGCCUGUGGCUACUCCCUGUGGUCACACCUUCUGCCUCAAAUGUCUGGAGCGCUGUUUGGACCACAACCCCAACUGUCCUCUGUGCAAGGAGAAUCUGUCUGAGUUUCUCGCUACCAGAGGUUACAAUAAGACCUUUCUGAUGGAGGAAGUCCUGCAGCGUUACCUUGGAGACGAGCUGGCAGAGCGGAAGAAAAUCCACGAGGAGGAAAUGAAGGAGCUGUCCAAUUUGAACCAGGAAGUGCCCAUCUUCGUGUGCACCAUGGCCUUCCCCACCAUCCCCUGCCCGCUUCACGUCUUUGAGCCGCGCUACCGCCUCAUGAUUCGCCGCUCCAUGGAGACGGGCACCAAGCAGUUUGGCAUGUGCAUCGCCGACGAGCUCAAGGGCUUUGCCGACUACGGCUGCAUGCUGGAGGUGCGCGACGUCAAGUUCUUUCCCGACGGCCGCUCGGUGGUCGACACUAUCGGAGUUUCUCGGUUCAAGGUCCUCAGCCACGGACAGAGAGACGGCUACAACACCGCUAAGAUAGAGUACCUGGAGGACAGGAAGGUUGAGGGGGAGGAGCUGGUGGAGCUCCUGAAGCUGCACGACUCCGUGUACGAUCAGGCCAACAACUGGUUCACGUCGCUGAAGGACAACAUGAAGAGUCAGAUCCUCAGCCACUUUGGACAUCUUCCCAGUAAAGAUCCGGACCCACAGGCGGUUCCCGAAGGCCCGGCCUGGUGCUGGUGGCUCCUCGCCGUCCUUCCGCUGGAGAACCGAGCCCAGCUCACCAUCCUGGCCAUGAACUCCCUCAAGGACCGCCUCAUCGCCAUCCGAAGGGUCCUCAUCUUCGUCACCCGCAAGAGGCCGCGGUGAUUGGGCCUCGUUUCGACCAGCUCAGGCGUCUAUGCAGUUCAGAAGUCUGAUUUUCCUUCACGCCGUCGCCGUUUGACUCCACCCGUUUACUUUUUGGUUCGCUCCUUUUAGUCCCGAGUCAGUCCACUCUGAGAUGUUGAUGAACAUGUAGCCCUUCAGAGCACAUCUUUCUGCGGAUGGCAUCAGGUUAGUUGUGUGGGGGGAAAAACAAAAAAAACUUGAGUCAUCAUAACAUCCUUUUGUAAAGAUCUGCCAGACUUUAUCAUUGAAGGAACAACUUGCAGAAACAUCAAAAGCAAAGCGGCUUCAGGCUGAAUGAUUCCCCUCCUCCCACUCACUAAGCAGUACUCAUCAGAGAGGGGAACAGGAGACGGCCCACUACAGAAAUCUGCUGAAAAAUUGUGUAAAAACAGAAGGUUUUGUUUGUUGUUGUUUUUUUGCAUAAUGACAUCUAUGAUGAAUGUACUGAACGUUUUCCUCCUUUUCCGUCCCCUUCCCCCUUGCCUUACUAACUUUAGCGAAAUACGUUCAACAAAUUUCCUUGUAGAAGAACUAGCUACUGCUCCCUCACUUUAAGUAUUCCUGACCGAGCCGAAACCAGGCCAGGUGUUUGGCGUGUAGCCGAGGACGAUGUCAUGACGACAGACGCACCGAGCCAAAUUCUGUUGCCAAUUUCCACUUUUGGUAAAACUUCUUAUACUGUUUUCACAGACUCAGAUAUAGAGCUAACAGCAUUAAAGUUGUUUUUUUCUUUUUUUCUCGCCUUGCGAGAAGAAAAUAAAAAAAUAAAAAAUCUAGCAAUUCGUUCACCAGGCAAUUCCUCGGUGCGUCUCCUGUCAUGGCAGCUGUCGUGGGCGAGGAUGUGAUCCAGCUGAAUGUUAAAGUGCAAACUUUAGACUACAGUGUGCAAAUGCGUGUUUAAUCCUUGUUUGAACAGACUGAAGAACUCACAAAACUGCAAACUCUGGUUGCAGUAAUGGAAAGACUGAUAGAAACUCAUCCAGAUGUUGCUGAAGUGGCACAUUGUGUCCUAUUGUAGCAGACCGCCGGGACAAAACAGACGUAGUUUUAGGUUGUAAGUGUACUCUUCUGUUUGCGUCUCUCUGCUCUGCCUGUAGCUGGGUGUCAGUGUGUAUAAUUUGGGUGUAUUAUAUGUAUAUCAAUGUAAUUCAGAGGCCUUUUUAAUGUCUUCAAGGAACAACUUCAUCGUCUUCUUUCUCUUUUGCUGUCUGUAAUAUUAACUUGCACACAAUAAUAAUGCAAUUCUCACCCCACGGGGGUUUCCGUAGAAACAAUAAGACUUAUUUAUAUUUAAGCAACCUUGAAAACUGUUUUUAAUUAUUAUUAUUUUUAAUUCGGUGUCAUUUAAUGUUUUAUUUAUUUAUUUUAUUAUUUUGCUGCUUCAGACAUUUGCUUUGGAGAAUGAAAAAAAAAACAUCAUGGCCCGAUUUCUACCUUAGUUUUUUUUAAUUAUUAUUAUUUUUUUUAAUUGAAGAAGCAGACGUUAUUCCUUUAUUCAGUCGUGCAAUUUACACAACCUUUUACACAUUGAUGAAAGAAAACUAAAAGGGCAUAAAGAUUCAGUUCAAAGUUCAAAGGAAAGCUGCAUAAAUCAUUUUGUGAAAUACAUUUUAAAAAGUCAGGUCAGCACCUCAAUUUUAACUGGUUUCGUAAAGUUUCACUCAUCGUUAAAAGCCGGUAUAUAUGCACAAUGGGGUCCAAGUGAAAUUUGCGUGGAUUAACGCGUCCAAACAUCCUGCAGGGAACGUUCUGAUUGAGUUUGCGUGACAUCUCUGUAAAUGGUGCCAUGUGGACGUAUUCAUUUUGAGCUGCCCCCAGAUAUAUUUGCACGCACAAAGAACACUGUUGGGGUUUGUGCCAACAGUCUGAAACUCUUCCACUCAUAAGAAAUUAGCAUCUUUACUCGUACAUUCAAGAGAGGGAGGGAGGGGGGGGGGGGGCGACAGAAGGUUUCCUGGCUUAUGUAAGCAAUAUGGUAUUUAAAAUAGCAGACUGGUGAGGUUUUAAAUAAGAAACUUUAGAAACUGCAGUGUACCUAUUAAGUUAAUGGAUCAUCAGCCUCAAGCGAAGGCUGAUCCAUCUCACGAGGUAGUUGCAUUAUUAGUGUGCAUUAUUUCUCUACGUUAUUCUGUUCCUUCAAGAAGUUUGAGACUCCUGCGGUUUUCACAGCGUGCUGUGAUUCUCUAGUAUAUUUGUAAAGGGAGCUCUUGUACCUAUUUUUUAUUGCAAAUAAAAGAAACUCCAUCAAA